GUCAAUUGGCUAUAUGCAAGGUUACUUCCUGGUUUAGAUAAGCCAGCUCAGGAAUUUCCAGUCAACUGUCAUUCCUGAAAAAGAUGUCAAAGAUGUUGUAUACUCGCUGCCUGCAGGAUCUACAUCGAGUUAACAUAAAUUAUGUACACCGCCUGGUUCAGUCAAAUUCAAAGACUUCAUCAAGCAAACAUGAAAAUGGAUUUAAGCUGUACAUAUCCAGCUAUAUCCAUGACUACGAAGUUUCUGACAAGAAUGAGGCAGGAGAGGUGUCUGUGAGGGCAAGCUGCUUCAGGUCGAUGAGGAAAAAAGAGAGACCACACAACUUGAGUGUUCUUCUCAAAGACUCUAAACCUGUUGAGUUGUUGGCCUAUCAUUGCUCAUGUGUGGCAGGGCUUACACUAUACAAUCAUGUUGCAGCUUUUCUCUACCAGACCUCACAUUACAGCCAGCAAGGAGCAACGGCUGUCCCCCCUACUCACAGCUGCACAGGGUCUGAGCAGCAGUGGCUCAAACCUAGAACCCAGGGCUUUAAGCCUGGUCCAACAAAUGAGAUGGUGGUGUUGUCAGCUAGGCCCAAGGAGAGAAGAUUGGCUGAAGGUAUCGGGCCGAUCGUGCACCUAUGUACUGCAGAGUGGAUGCGACUGUGCCCAUCUUGCGCUUAUGGUUUGACGAAGAGGCUGAAAUAAAGCAGGACCUACGCCUGACCAGGAGAGCCAUGAACAGCCUGCAGAGGCUUCUAGACAGGAAUCAAGAUCAUGGCUGGGGAAAUCAACUAGAGGUCUUCAUAUAUACCUAUUGGUUGGCACACGGACUGUCCUACCGGGUGGUGGCAAAUGUUGUCAAUGUCCCCAAGGCAACAGUAUAGCGAGUAAUACAC